UCCACUUCUGCAUCUAAAGAGACAAGCACGAACUUCCUGUGUGAUCUCCGUUCAGCUGACUUCACCCUGGCUGCCUCUCUGGGAGGCUUACAGGCUGUGCAGUCUGGGGGAUAGAGAGCCUUCUGUGGGGGGUGUACAGCUCGCAGAGACGCUUGGAAUAUUCUUGCAGAAGCAUCAACAGAAGAUCAGCAGCAGCCAUAAAUGUGGAUUGUUUACACCGGUCGGUCGAGCCGUUCCUGCUUCCCCGCCUCCCAGCGACUCCGAGCGGCCGACUGUGCUCAGCAGCGUAGCCGCAGAUAGCGUCAGUGGAACGGGGCUGAUGGCCCUGGUGCUCGGCCCGGCCUCCAUCACCCUCAGCGUCUGCCCGUGAGACUCCUAGAGAGCUACAAAGCCACACCGCUACAUCUAGUCGCCUCAAGUCCCGUGGGAAGAGCGGAGAAAGGAGAGGCGGAGCGGGGCUCAGCAUCGCGCCGUGCAUGGUGCUGCGGUGUCGGAGGGAGUGGAUGUGCAGCCAGAGCUGACCCAGAGAUGGCUGUUCUCAAACUGGCCGACCAGCCUCCUCUCAUCCAGGCAAUCUUCAGUGGAGAUUCUGAAGAGAUCCGUAUGCUCAUAUACAAGUCUGAAGACAUCAAUGCUCUGGAUGCAGAGAAGCGCACUCCGCUGCAUGCGGCAGCCUUCCUGGGCGAUGGCGAGAUCACCGAACUCCUCAUCCUCUCGGGGGCACGUGUCAACGCCAAAGAUAACAUGUGGCUGACCCCUCUCCAUCGUGCUGUUGCAUCUCGGAGUGAGGAGGCUGUUCGAGUCUUGAUCCGCCACUCUGCUGACGUGAACGCGCGGGACAAGAACUGGCAGACGCCGCUGCAUGUCGCUGCAGCGAAUAACGCGCUGCGAUGCGCUGAAAUCAUCAUCCCACUGCUGAGCAGCGUCAACGUGUCCGAUCGUGGUGGACGCACUGCUCUCCACCACGCUGCCCUCAACGGCCACACUGAGAUGGUAAACCUUCUCCUCACUAAAGGAGCCAACAUCAAUGCCUUUGAUAAAAAGGAUGGCCGAGCUCUGCACUGGGCAGCUUUCAUGGGUCACUUGGAUGUGGUGUGCCUGCUGGUAAACAAAGGCGCAGAGAUCAGCUGCAAAGACAAACGAGGAUACACUCCGCUUCACACGGCAGCCUCCAGUGGACAGAUUGCCGUCGUCAAACACCUGCUCAACCUGUCUGUUGAGAUAGAUGAGCCCAAUGCAUUUGGAAACACGCCUCUCCACGUGGCCUGUUUCAAUGGUCAGGACGCUGUUGUCAGUGAGCUGAUUGAUUAUGGGGCCAAUGUCAGCCAGGCCAACAACAAAGGCUUCACUCCGCUGCACUUUGCUGCUGCCUCCACACACGGAGCGCUCUGCCUGGAGUUUCUGGUCAACAAUGGGGCCGAUGUCAAUGUACAGAGUCGGGAUGGAAAGAGUCCUCUCCACAUGACUGCGGUUCACGGACGGUUCACUCGCUCCCAGACCCUCAUCCAGAACGGCGGAGAGAUCGACAGUGUGGACAAGGAUGGCAACACUCCCCUUCACAUUGCUGCUCGCUAUGGCCACGAGCUCCUCAUCAACACGCUUAUCACCAGCGGAGCCGACUGCACCAGGCGAGGAGUCCACGGGAUGUUUCCUCUUCACCUGGCUGCCUUGAAUGCGCACUCUGACUGCUGCCGGAAGCUGCUGUCGUCAGGUCGGAGGUUUAGCAUAAUGUGUAACGACUCGGUCCUGUCUGCAGGCUUUCAGAUAGACACUCCAGAUACGCUGGGGAGGACCUGCCUCCACGCUGCUGCUGCCGGAGGUAAUGUGGAUUGUGUCAAGUUGCUCCUGAGCAGUGGAGGAGACCACAACAGGAGAGAUAAGUGUGGCAGGACUCCACUUCACUAUGCGGCUGCCAGCCGUCACUAUCAGUGUCUGGAGACUCUGUUGGCAUGUGGCACUGCCAUAAAUGCCACAGACCAGUGGGGGCGCUCCGCCCUGCACUAUGCUGCUGCCUCAGAUCUGGAUAGAAGACGUCGUGUUGCUCUGGAGCCAGAGAGUGAAGGCGUUCAGGCAGAAAGGGAGAAGGAGGCAGCACUAUGUUUGGAGUUCCUGCUUCAGAGCGGUGCUACGGCCUCACUGAAAGACAAACAGGGUUACAACCCUGUCCACUACGCCGCAGCCUAUGGACACAGGCACUGUCUAGAACUGCUGCUGGACAGAGAUGGCGGUCACCAAGACGACUCUGAAUCUCCACAUGCCAGGAGCCCGCUGCACCUCGCUGCGUACCAUGGCCAUGCUCAGGCCCUGGAGGUGCUGCUGCAGGGGGAGAGAGAGGUAGACCAGGGGGACGAGAUGGGGAGGACAGCUCUGGCGCUGGCUGCUCUCCGUGGUCACUCUGACUGCGUUCACACCCUCCUCAGCCAGGGAGCAUCGCCACGCACUACUGAUAAGCAGUAUGGACGCACCCCGGUGCACCUUGCAGUGAUGAAUGGUCAUACUACGUGUGUGCGCCUCCUGCUGGAUGAAUCGGAUAAUUCAGACCUCGUGGAUGUUGCUGACUCUCAGGGACAGACUCCUCUGAUGCUCGCGGUGGCCGGAGGUCACGUCGACGCCGUGUCGCUGCUGCUGGAAAGGGAAGCCAAUGUCAAUGUGGCCGAUAACCACGGCCUCACAGCGCUGCACCUUGGGCUGCUGUGUGGUCAGGAGGAGUGCAUCCAGUGUCUGCUGGAGCAGGAGGCUUCGGUUUUGCUUGGCGACUCGCGCGGUCGUACAGCCAUCCACUUGGCCGCUGCCCGAGGCCACGCUUCCUGGCUGAGUGAGCUGUUGAGCAUCGCCUGCUCUGAGGCGCCAUCCUUGCCCCCGCUGAGAGACCACAGCGGGUACACACCGCUGCACUGGGCCUGUUAUUAUGGUCAUGAAGGGUGUGUGGAGGUCCUGCUAGAACAGAAAGGCUGCCGCUGUAUUGAUGGGAACCCCUUUACCCCUCUGCACUGCGCUGUAACCAAUGAUCACGAGCCAUGUGCAUCGCUGUUGCUGGAGGCGAUGGGUUCAGACAUCGCUGGCUGCUGCGAUGCUAAGAGCAGGACUCCUCUUCAUGCUGCAGCAUUUGCCGGUCAUGUCGAUUGUGUCCAGUUGCUCCUUUCCCACGAUGCACCUGUGGAUGUCGCAGAACAGUCGGGUCGCACUGCGCUGAUGAUGGCGGCUCAGAGGGGCAGGGUCGGGGCUCUUGAGGUGCUGUUGACCAGCGCCAGUGCCAACCUCAGUCUGACUGACAAGGACGGCAACACCGCCCUGCACCUGGCUUGCAGUAAUGGGAAGGAAGACUGUGUGUUGCUGAUCCUCGAGAAGCUGUCUGACACUGUGCUCAUUAAUGCCACGAAUGCAGCGCUGCAAACUCCUCUGCACCUGGCGGCUCGUAGCGGUCUGAAGCAGGUGGUCCAGGAGCUGCUGUCCAGAGGAGCCAACGUUCAGACGGUGGAUGAGAACGGUCUGACGCCUGCUCUGGCUUGUGCUCCUAGUAGAGAGGUGGCUGACUGUUUGGCUCUCAUUCUGGCUACCAUGAUGCCUUUCUGCUCACCUUGCAGCUCUGGAGCUCCCUCCCCAGGGUCCUUGUUGAGGCAUAUACCCCACCAGGGGGGUAAAGGCCUAUCCACUGGCCCUCGGGCGUCACGCAGCCCCAGGAACCCCUCGGGACCAUCCAGCGAGGGAACCACAGAGAACGACUCAGAGGAUUCCGAAACUUUCUGACCCCUCUGAACCGACUCUCUAGCUUCCUACCUCCAAGAGUGCACGUGAACGUCUUACCUCUCUCCUCGGUGAGGAAUGAUGCAGUGUUUGAGUGCACAACUGAGGGAGAAGGAUAGAGACUUGGUCAUUCAUAGAGCCCAUAAAAGUUCAAUAUUAAAUAAAUAACUUGUGGACAAUAA